AAUUUUAAACACAACUAAAUAGACAGUACUGUAUAAUAAAUUCAUGCUUUAAUUUUUUUUUAAAAAUCAUGGCUCAAUCCAGGAUAGACUUCAGUGCUUCACUAACACAGGACUCUGAUGAAGUUCAGGAAAUGUUUUGUGAACAUUGUGAUAAACAUGACAAGCAAUAUGUUCCUGCAGAGGGAUUUUGUGAAGACUGUGUUGAGUACCUGUGUGGAAUUUGCCUUAAAUUUCAUAAACGAUAUAUGCCUACUCAUACCACAAAGGAUAAGGAUAACAUGCCACAGGAUUUCUGUCUAGAGAAAUGUUCCAUUCAUCAAGAUGAAUUGGUCAAGUUCUAUUGCCAAGCUUGUAAGAAAUUUGCCUGUACUGAAUGCAAGAUUCAAGACCAUGGGAACUGUAGUAUGAUCAGCCAUUUGCCGGCUCUUGUUCCCGGGAUUGAAAACAGCCAAGAAAUAAAAGAACUUAAUGAAAGUCUUGAUGAGUUAAUAAAAGAUUUAGAAAAUACAGAAGAGCAAGUGAACAUAAACAAGAAGGAGAUUGCUUCACAAGAAACAAAGAUAUUAGAUAAAGUUAUGAAAAAGAAAAAAGAAAUACUGUCAGCAUUUGAAAAACAUCAGAAAGAAAUAAUUCAAGACUUUGAGAAGAAAAUAGAAGAAACCUUAAAAAGACUUAAACAAGAGAAAAAAGAGAAGAUUGAAAAAUUACGAGAAAAUCAAAGGAAACUAGAAAAGUUAUUAAAUGAUGAGGAGAAUGAAAUAAAGAAGAAAAUUGAAACCAUAAAAAAGAAUGACGAGAAAAUUUUGAAGACGAUUACCGAAGAAACCUCCAAAAUGAAAACAAAACUAAACACCAUAUCAACAGAGUUGGUGCAUCAUCAAGGUACAGAUCAAAGAUGUCAACUGUUUAUUGCUAUGAAGAAGGGGCAGGAAAUCACUGAUCAAUUGAAACCAGAUGCAAAUAAACAAUGUAAAAACAAUUCUAUUCAUUUUUACAAAGUUGAAUGCACAGCUUCUGAACAGAAUAUAACAGAUAUACAACACUGUGAUAAAUUUUUCACUUUCCAAGAAAUACACAAGUCUGAAGUACCAAGAACUGCUAGUUAUUACACAGAUAUUAAAGUCAAACAUAGCUUUGAUUCAUCUUUAUGCUUAUUAUCAGAAAACUGUCUUCUGAUUUGUCAUUAUGACUCUCCAAAGCUAGUUAUUUUCAAGGAUUUGUCAGUCAGCACUACAUCAUAUGAUACAAUAGACCUGCCUUCCAACCCUUGGGCUGCUGCUAAAGUUGACAAUAACAAAGUUGCUGUUACAUUUCCAAGACUUGAAAUAAUAAAGCUGAUAACAUUCUCCAAGUCUUUGACAGUGACCAACACUGAAGACAUAAAAGUAGGAAGAGGUUGUUGUGGUGUUGCCUAUAGUAACAACAAACUUAUAGUAUCUUACACAACCAGUCCAGCAACAGUGAAGAUACUUGACAUGUCUGGCAAAGUAUUGAAAAUAUUUGAUAAAGAUCAGCAUGGGAAAAAUCUGUUUGCUGAUCCUUAUUUUUUAACAAUCAGUGCAGACAACACUGUUAUAUAUGUAUCUGACUAUAAAAAAAGCUGUGUGAUAGGUUUAACCUUUGAUGGGAAAGUCAAGGCCAUUUACAAUGAUGACCAGCUGAAUGAACCAUAUCAACUGACUGUUGAUAGGUCUGGGGCAGUGUUUGUAUGUGGACUUUGGUCAAACAAUAUACAUCAAUUAUCCCCUGACCUGACUAAGGUGAAGAUUCUACUGGAUAAAGAACAAGAAAUAUGUAGACCAACAGGUGUGGCAUACUGCCAGAAUACAAACAGAUUGUAUGUGAGUCAAAUUGCUAAUAACAUUAAAGUGUUUGAUAUAACAAUGGAAUACAUAUAAACUAUUCCUAUAAUUUCAUAUCACAUAUAAACUAUUCCUAUAAUUUCAUAUCUGAAAUACACAACAAACAACAGACUAAAGAGAAAAACAAACCAAAUUAGACUGCAUGUUUUAGUUAUUUUGCUUACUUUUCUUUUCUUAUUUUGCAACAACCCAUACAUUUUUAAUUUGUGAAGUGAAUAUUAGUAUGGUGCUCUACUAGAAGAACUGACAACUAAAUAUGACAACUUUGAAAUUGAUCAUUUUUUAUAUUUAUUAUUUUUGCUAUACAUCUCAUGUUUAAUGAAGUUUGAAACUGUGUUUAAAAGAAACAAAUAAUUAGAGUUUUAUUUACAUCUCAUAUAUUCUUAGCUUUAAGUUA